AUGCGCAACUCAAUUGUUCUCAGCGCCAGCCUGGCCCGCCCCUCGACAUUUCAUACAACCCGUCGAUCGUUCGUGACCACCGCUGCAAAGAGUGUCGCCGCCGCUACUUCAUCUUCAACGUCUGCGCCACCGCUGAACCCACGAUGGCUUUCUGAGCUGCAGUCGCGCAUCAAGCGGUGCGCCGGGCUCGACCUCAGCGGGCAGCAGAAGGAGGACUUGGCGGCUCUGCGGAAGGCUGUCGAUGGGCAGUGGUUGGAGUUGCUCGCCGGACGGGAGGGGUUCCUCACCGGUCCCGGGUGGAGGGGCCUUGACAGACAUACAGUGACUUGGGGAGACCAGGAUGCAAUGGUGAGGUAUGGCUCGCACCCCGAAUACACCAUGAAUCUCAAUCUCACAUCUGUAGGUCAUGUAAACAAUGUCGUCUACAACAAGUACGCCGAGUCGGCGCGGGUCAACUGGCUUCGUAACUUUGCGACGACGGUGGAUCCUGAGCACAAGGAUGAGUGGGACCAGCUCAUGAGCCCAAAGGACAUUGGCCUCAUCAUGAGAAGCAUCAAAACGGACUACAAGUUUCCAAUGGCCUACCCAGACCACGUGACGGUCCUCCAUAAGCUUGUUUCCAAGCCGACAUACGAAUCAGAUUUCAUCCUACUUGAAGCUCUUCUCGUCUCCGAGGGCCACCGUCGCCCUGCCGCUCGCUGCUUCGAGGAUAUCGUGGUCUACGACUACAAGACCGCCAAGAGGGCGCCGCUGAAGCCCUUCAUGGUCGACCGGCUACGGGAGACAUACGAGGCGCAAGAACAGAGCAAGAUUGACUGCGAGGAAAAAGUGAAGGGUCUCGUCGACAUUGUCGAGCGUCUCGAGAAGGCCGCGUAA